GGCACGGUAAGGACGUGAACAGUCUUCUGUCUUCAGGUGCAGAAAUAAAGCUUAAGCACUCAGUAUUGAAAUGUAUGGCUUUUAAUAACAAAAGAACCAUUGGGCAAAGCCUCUGGCUAUUGUACUAUUGAGCAGGUGAUUAGCAACCAUCAGGCUACAGCUCUUUUCUUCUUCUGUUUGUUCCAUAUGCAGAUGUUGCUAUGAGGAAAGGAGUCAGCAAUGACUGAUGUGGAGCCUGUGGUCACAGAUUUUGCAGCAUCAGGACGGGCAGGCCGCCGAAACGCCUUACCAGAUAUCCUGGGCUCUCCUGCUGGUGCUGGGACUUCAGACCUGCCACACAAACUGGCUGAGCUCUCUGUUUCAGAAGAUGCAGGAGCAGAGGGUGGAGAAAUGUCAUCAUCCAAAGCCUUGCUGGAAAAUCAAGAAGCAGAAGGAAAACCCAGUGCUUCCUAA